UUCGUUUCCUCCGCGACGGCGAAGGCGGAGCCGCCGAGCAGCGCAUGAGCGGCGCUGGUUUCUCCCCUUCUGCGGGCGGGAAGCUGAGAGCAAAGGCCCUUUUUCGAAACAGGCAUGUCUUGGCUGCCUAGGCUUUGCCCCGCUCCUUAGGCCGAGCCCUCGAGGGCUGUAUGCCGGGAAGCAAGCAGCGGGGGAAGGGAAGAGAGUAGUCCUUGUCUGCCCUUUGGUGCUUCCCUGUGUGCUGCGCUCUGCUUGUGGGAGGGAGGCAGGCAGGCAGGCAUGCCGCUGAGCAAAGCUCAGUACGGAGAGGUGGCCCUCUUCCUGGCCCAGGUGGCCCCCACCAGGCAGAGCCUGAAGCAGCUGAAGGCCCGCUUCCCCAGUCAAUCGCAGUCCACUCUGCUGAGCAUCUUCUCCCAGGAGUACCAGAAAUUAAUCAAAAGAACACAUGCCAAGCAUCAUACUCCAGAGGCAACUGAAGCUUACUAUCGCAGGUACCUGAAUGGAGUGAUAAAAAAUGCAGCUGCUCCUGUACUAUUGGAAAUGGCGAAUGAGGUGAAUUUUGCCCCAUCAUUGAUGGCUCGAAUAGUGUUGGAAAGAUUUGUACAAGAACAAGAUGGAUCAAUCCCUUCCAAAACUCUUAUAAACAGUAUGUUGCGGGACCCUUCUCAGAUUCCAGAUGGAGUCUUAGCCAACCAGGUCUAUCAGUGUACUGUGAAUGACUAUUGUUAUGGACCACUGGUGGACUGCAUCAAACACGCAAUUGGACAUGAGCAUGAAGUCUUACUGCAAGAAAUGCUUUUGGAGAAAAAUAUAUCUUUUUUAGCUGAAGAUCAGUUACGUGCAAAUGGUUAUGACAAAACACCAGACUUCAUAUUAGAAGUGCCAGUUGCUGUAGAAGGUCAUAUCAUUCAUUGGAUUGAAAGUAAAGCUUCUUUUGGUGAUGAAUGCAGCCAUCAAGCUUACCUACAUGACCAAUUUUGGAGUUACUGGAACAGAUUUGGUCCAGGGCUGGUUAUCUACUGGUAUGGAUUUAUUGAGGAGCUGGAUUGUCAUCGCAACCGUGGUAUAUUGCUAAAAGACUGCUUCCCUGAAGACAUAGUUACUCUUUGAGAAGGCAUGGGUGAGCUGUAAAUGGAAGAAAAUUUAGAGGAAAAGGCAAAUCCGGAAGUGAUAUUAUUUUCCUCCAGUAUAAACUACUGGCAACAUCUGCGCUGAACUUGGGUUGAACUCUUUACUGCCUGGGAUCACCCUACUAGUACUUUAGAUAAACACAUCAAGGGUUUCUGUUUUAUUUCAACCCUCUGCUGAUGCAAGCAGCCAAAAACUACAGACACAGCCCAAAAAUUAUCAGCAUUUCUGUCUCUGUCAAACAGUUUAUAGAUAGCUAUAAUCUUUCUUCCUUCCGGAGGGUUUCUCCUUGCACUUUCAACAAAAGAAUUGUGGAGGCUAAAAGGUGUGGUUUUCAGUUUUUCUCCCAGUUAUGAAGCCACCUCAGGAAAAAUGUCUUCUGUCACACAAAUCUUUUUCUGAUCAGUGUUAUGAAACAAGCUAAUGCAAACUUGGGUAAAGUACUAAAUGUCCAUUCUUAGCAUUCAUAUUGUGCCAGCCUAAUACAGUGCAUAGGGGAUAAGAAAGCUUGCCAUCUGGCAAGGCACUAUUGUCACUCUGACCUUCCUGGCUUCCAAGACAUAAAGUCAAACCAUUGGCAUUUUAAUGUAAUUUUAAUUGCUGAUAUAUGAGCUACUCAUUUUCAUUUGUUAAAUGAUAAUUACAGAAUUUUUGUUUCUUGAGAAAUGAUGUUAUAUGUGAAAUCAAAACUCAAAAAUGUGUAGCAGGUGUUUAAAUACAGAUGUUUGAACGUUAAAUAAAGUGAAACGUAUUUGAA